AUGUCACGAUCUCCCACCCCUGGAUCAGCCAGUAACCCCACUCCCCAAAAAGAUCCGUUAGAUAGCAGCAAUCUUUUGGGUAUCGACGAACCGUUGAAACUCAAGACCAAAAGAAAGAUUGCCAAGAUCGACAACGAAAGAAUCUUGAACAACCCGAAAGGUUUGCCGUAUCUCGUGAAAAACCAUCAGAGAUUGACUAGAAUCAUCGAGAAAAACGACAAGACUUUCAUAAAGAGAGAGCAGCGCAAGAUGGAGGAAGAUGCAAACUACAAAACUUCGCGUCAGCUAAAGUACGACCACGAGUGCGACAACUUGAUGUCGAUUUUACAAUUCUACCAACUAUGGUGCCAUGGGAUGUUUCCCAAAGCGAAUUUUAAAGACUGCGCCUAUUUGAUCCGGUCCUUGGGCCAGAAAUCGCUGCAGUUGAGACUCUAUAGACGUGGGUUGAUCGAAAGGGAGAUUUUCAAGUUAAAGGUAGCCAGGGGCAUUCUUGACGAAAGCGCGGAAACUGGAGCAAAUGCAGCUGGCGACGACAUGGAUCUCGACGACGACUUGUAUAGCGUCGGCGCCAGUGCCAGCGCAGGCACCCUGUCGCUUCCAGCGGGUAAUGUCGCAGUCCAAGCGGAAGACGACGUGGACGAAGGUCCUGAUGCGCCUAGGAUACGUCGAAGAGAAGGUCCAGAAGAAGGCGCGGAUGAUGACGAUUGGGGAUUUAUGAAUUCUGGAACUACACAACUGAAUAGAGACCAGUUGAACGGAAACGACAAUGACAAAGACACAAACGAAGACAAAAACGAAGACAACAACGAAGACAACAACGAAGACAACAACGACGACAACAACGACGAUGAACACGAACGAGAAUUCGAAAAAGAAUUAUCCGAGCCAGCAGCACCCAUCAAUAUAGAAGAAAAUCAACAGCGUCUGACUUCUCAACGUAGCUUCGACGAUUUUGAAUCUGAUGCCUUUUCAGACGAUGAUGAUAUUGACUUGAAUUUCAUGACACAUGGAUCUAAUGAGAAUGAAUUUUCAAAAACUCAUGCUGCUGAGGGUGGUACUAAUGAAGAAGAAGAAGAAGAAGAUAACAUAGCGGACGAGGAGAAUGACCUUGCAUUGGAGAUGAUGCGGCAACAUGAUUGA